CCCUCGCAGGUUGAUGGCAGCGGCAGCUGACACUGCAGCUAAGGAGCCCUGCCCGGCCGGGGAGAGAGGAGGGGGCGUCGGAGCCUGCACCCCCUCUGAGCCCGCGCGGAGGCGAGCCUCCUCCCGAGUGCCAAACGCCCCGACGCCCUGAACCCCGAGCCCGCUGCUCCGGCCAAAUCCCGCCUGCAGAAGAGCCGCGCGGCGAGUGGAUCCCCCCCCAACACCCCGACCUCCCUCCCGGCAGCCCACACCCCUCCCUCCCCGGCCCCGCUGCCGGCUCUGCACCAGCCAUGAGCCGCAGAGUAGUUCGGCAAAGCAAGUUCCGGCACGUGUUCGGGCAGGCGGGGAAAGCGGAGCAGACCUACGAGGACAUCCGCGUCUCCAAGGUCACCUGGGACAGCUCCUUCUGCGCCGUCAACCCCAAAUUUCUGGCCAUCAUCGUGGAGGCGGGAGGGGGCGGAGCCUUCAUGGUGCUGCCCCUGGCUAAGACAGGACGCGUGGACAAGAACCACCCGACCGUCAACGGACACACGGGCCCCGUGCUGGACAUAGACUGGUGUCCCCACAAUGACAGCGUGAUCGCCAGCGCCUCAGAGGACACCACUGUCAUGGUAUGGCAGAUCCCAGACUACACGCCAGUCCGGAACAUCACAGAGCCCAUCGUCACGCUGGAGGGCCACUCCAAACGCGUGGGCAUCCUCUCCUGGCACCCCACCGCCCGCAAUGUCCUGCUCAGCGCCGGAGGGGACAAUGUGAUCAUCAUCUGGAACGUGGGAACAGGGGAGAUGUUGCUCAGCCUGGAUGACACGCACCCCGACGUCAUCCACAGCGUCUGCUGGAACACCAACGGGAGCCUGCUCUGUACCACCUGCAAGGACAAGACCCUCCGCGUCAUCGACCCCCGAAAGGGCCAGGUGGUGGCGGAAAGGUUUGCUGCCCAUGAAGGGAUGAGGCCCAUGCGGGCCGUCUUCACACGCCAAGGCCACAUCUUCACCACGGGAUUUACCCGCAUGAGCCAGCGUGAGCUGGGCCUGUGGGACCCGAACAACUUCGAGGAACCCAUGGCCCUCCAGGAGAUGGACACGAGCAAUGGGGUCCUGCUUCCCUUCUACGACCCCGACUCCAGCAUAGUCUACCUGUGCGGCAAGGGGGACAGCAGCAUCCGCUACUUUGAGAUCACCGAGGAGCCCCCCUUUGUCCACUACCUGAACACCUUCAGCAGCAAGGAGCCCCAGAGGGGCAUGGGCUUCAUGCCCAAGAGGGGCCUGGACGUCAGCAAGUGUGAAAUUGCCAGAUUCUACAAGCUGCAUGAAAGGAAGUGUGAGCCCAUCAUCAUGACUGUACCCCGAAAGUCAGACCUGUUCCAGGAUGACCUGUACCCUGACACGCCAGGCCCUGAGCCUGCCCUGGAAGCAGAUGAGUGGCUGUCGGGCCAGGAUGCAGACCCUGUGCUGAUCUCCUUGCGGGACGGCUACGUGCCCCCCAAGAGCCGAGAACUCCGAGUCACCAAGCGCAAUAUCCUGGAUGUCCGGCCGCCCACCGGCCCAAGACGCAGCCAGUCUGCCAGCGACGCCUCUUUCUCGCAGCAGCAGCAGCAGACCCUAGAGACGCUGCUGGAGGAAAUUAAGUCUCUCCGGGAGAGGGUCCAGGCUCAGGAGGAGCGAAUCACGGCCUUGGAGAACAUGCUCUGCGAAUUUGUGGAUGGCACCGAUUAGCCCCCCAGCCCAGUCCCCAUCUCCUGCUCCCGCCUCCCUUCCCCUAACCCCAGGAUGGGAGGGAGACCCUGGGACAGGGUCGGGAUGGCCGGGAACUCAAUCCCGGGGACUCCCCACAGAGGGGGGGGUGAAGAAGAGCAGAACGCUUUUCCCGACCUUCAAAGGGGGAGUGGGGUGUGAAUUGUGGCCUUUUCCUCUGAGAGGAGCUCAGCCCCUCUCAACGGGACAUUCACCCCCAGCCUUGCGUGUGCACAGUGGGGAGGGUAGGAGGGCUAAACCGUAAACCCCAUCAGGGGCAGGGCUGAGGGACAGCGUUAGCAAUCAGUCAGUAAGCAUUUAAUAAGCUCCUUCUGUGUGCCAAGCAGAAAAGACAAAAAUGAAGCCAUCCCUGCCCUCAAAGAGCUUACAUCCUUUUGGGGGAGACUGAGGAGGCGAGAGGAAGGACUUUGGGGGCCAGUAGUGAUGAGUGGAAUUUUAGGCAAACCCUCUUGGAAGGGGAGGUGAGAUCAGGAGUGUGGUGGUCAAUGAGAAUGGCUCCUUUCUCCCGAGUUCCCUUCCCUUUCCUUUCUCUCCCCAGCCAUUAACGAGGUGGACCUGGAGAUGUGGGGAUGUGGUUUCUCAUUAGCUGGGCUCUGGAGGUAGGGGCUUUGCUCCAGCCCUAAUGUAGGAGGUGAAGGAAGGCAGACUUUCUAGUGCAUCGCUGAAGGGGCUAAGGGAUUGCUGGGAGCCCGAAGGGCCAUCCCUUUCUCUAUCUUUCUAACCACCCAUCUCCCUCAAAGCACGUGGGCUCCCACACUGACCCCAUAUGUGCCCUUCUUCCCACUGGCUCAGGUGGGAAGGUGUGGUUUGGAAUGGAGCAGAUUCUCCAGCCCCUGCCUUGCCCCAUCUGUCCCUGCCCCCCUCAUGGGCUCUGCUCUUUAAAAAGGAGACUGUGGAGGAUGGAAAAAUUAAAUAUUUUAUUAAAUACUCGG